UGUGAAGGAAGAUUUUCCAGUCUGAUAAACAAAGUAUUGGAUUGUUACCAUGUUAACAAUUAAUUAGCACUUGAUCAUGAAAGAUCUUCAUCAGAUAUUGAUUUUACUGUCCAUUUCUUGACCCACAGAGACCAGGAAUAUUAAAUCCUUUUAUAAUACAUCUAUACUGGACAUCAACAAAUGUAAAAUCUUAAGUGAAAAAGAUGAAGUGAAAGACAGAAUAACUCAGUGACAAAAUGGAGGAAGAAGACAUUAAUUGGAAAGAAAGAUGCCUGAUACUAGAAACUUCACUACAGAAAUUCAGGGAACAAGUGACCAAAAUCAGAGAAACACUUGGAUUAAAGGUAAAAGAUUUGGAGGGAAAGAAACUAGAAGCAGAAUAUGAAGCAAAGACAGCUGCAGAUAAGAUACAGAUCAUGGAACAACAGUUAGCAGCCAUUAACAUGCAGCCAGAUGAAUUGGAUGGUAGAAUUCAUAUCCUAGAAAAACAGUGUGUAGAAAAAGAGGAGAAAAUCAGAUCUUUACAGCUAUAUCUAGAAGAACAGAAACUACAAAGGCAACAUGAUGCUAAGAUGGUAGAAGAAAAGGCUGGUAAAAUAAAGGAAUGGGUCACAUCUAAAUUACAACAGAUAGAAACAAAGAAUCAAGAAUUACAACAAGAAAAUGAAUCUCUUCAGGAUCAAGUAGAAAUUUUACGAGAACGUCUCCAAGCUUUGCCAGCUUUUGCUGCUAAAGAAAUUUACCGAUUAAGCCAACAGAGUUCUGUAUCUAGAGCUUCAUCUUAUAUAGAGGAGGAAGAGUCUUCUUAUUGUGCUGAUUCACGACCUAAUUCUGUCUUCACAGACAUCUCUCAUCUAGUAGAAAAUGCAAUAUCUAGGUCAAGUUCACGACCUCAGUCAGAAACAUUUAGCCCUAUUGACCUUACAGACACUAAAUGUAGACCUGUAUCAGAAGGUGGCUGGUCUGAAGCUAGGUCUGAAGUUAUUCAACUACGACCUUUGUCUCGGACACGACCUUCUUCAGAUUAUGCUGAAUCAAGGUCAAGGUCAGAUGUCAGUUCAAGUUCUCAGGACAUGUCAGAAGAUUCAAUUCCACCAGCUAUUCCUAAACGUCCUUCCCCAUCAGUAUUACAAGCUAUUGAACAGGAGUUAGAAGAUAAACGAGAAAACAGUAUCAGCCCUCCGUCAGAUACCAAAAGCUCGGCCAGUAUGAAAAGUGACAAAGAUACAGCAUUAGACAGCAACAGUGAUGAUAGUAUGCCUGAUAUAGAAACUAUUCCACUUUAUCAUGAAGUGGACCAGAAUCACGAAAGUACGUACGAACUGAAAAAAUGUCUACCUCCUCAAGUUGUGAUUGGACGUAAAGUGUUUAGCGGUGAAAAUAGACUUCUUGAUUCUCUUGUUAGUUCUAGUAAUGAUGAUGAUGAUAAAAAUGACGGGAAAAAUAAUAACAGUUUUUUGUUAAAUAAUGGAGAAGAUAAUGACUAUGAUGAUGAGGAGGAUAUUAUCAUAGAAGAUAUAAUUAUCAAAACCGAGAGUUCUCCUGUUGUGACCUUGACCCCUAUGUCAUCAAGGACACCAAUUUCACCUUUCUUUCCAAGAACACCUUCAGAAUCUCCAAGUAGUGUAUAUAAUCAUAGUUCAAAUAAUGUGUCGGCCAUUGCAACAUUACCUCGUGUGAAAAAGAGACAUGACAAAUCUUCACCAUUACAAUUGAUGUAUAGUGCUGGAGGAGUACCAGAGGGGAUAGUAUCACAUGACAAACCACCCCCUGUCUUGGAGCCUCAUAUUGUCACUGGGAAAACAUCUUCAUUUUGGGAUAGCAGAACUUAUGCCAUACCUAAGAAAGUUAAAGACACUAGUCAACCACAUACCUCCACAUCUAAGCCAUCAGUACCACAAACAGUAAUUGGUAAACUGUAUAAAGAGUUUGAUGUUCCUGUCUAUGCAACUCUUAAAGGGAAGGCAGCACAGAUCAGGAGUACUCCUUUCACUGAAGAUUCCUCUACAGAUUCUUCUGAUGAAGACUGUUCACUUAUUGUAACUCAGGCAGAACCUUCUAAAACAAAUAAAGUUCAGCAGAGCAGCUCAGGGGCCAUUAAAAGGGGUGUAUCUAGUUAUUCAGCGUCAUCUGAGGUAUCAUGUGACUAUGUUGAUCCUCCAGAGGAGAACUCAGGGAAAAGUGAUUCUGAUACUUCAGAACCUGAACAGAAGCUACUCAAGUAUGCUGUAGAUAACUGUAAACAUGACACAUUGGAGAAAUUUGGUUACCUGUCAAAACUUGGUGGUAAAGUUAAAAUGUGGAAAAGAAGAUGGUUUGUUCUCAGGAAUGGAGAGUUGUUUUAUUAUAAAUCUCAGCAUGAUGUACUAAGAAAACCUCAGGGAUCAAUUAAACUAGAUGACCAGUCUAGAGUUGUGCAUACUAAAGGGGAAAUGGCAUUUCAGAUCACCUCAGGAAAGAAGACGUACUAUUUUACAGCAGAUACCCUGUCUGAAACAGAGAAAUGGAUAAGAUUACUACAGAAGGUGUUUAAAAGACAAGCUACAAGUUUCUUAUUAGAUCACAUGGACACUAAAGCUGUACUGAAAGGAACAUUGCAUAAAGUGAGGAAUGGAGUUUCAAGGAAAUGUUGGUGUGUUUUGGUUGGUAGAUAUCUUAUAUAUCACAGGAAUCCAUCUGACAAGACACCAUUAGGCCAGAUACAUUUAAGAGAUGCCAGGAUAGAAGACAUUGAUAAUAAUAACGAUUCUGAUGAUGAAGCUGAUGUAACCAAGGAAACCAAACAUGCCAUAGCAAUAUGGCCGCCAUUCCAAGGACCAACCUAUCUUAUGUUACCCAGUCAACAUGAAAAGGAUUCCUGGUUGUACCAUUUAACAGUGGCUGCAGGGGGAGGGACAGGCAAUGUGGGGACAGAAUAUGAACAGAUUAUAUCUAAAGUGAUGGAGUGUAAUGCAGAUUCUAAUUCUGUAUAUUGGAAACACCCACUAUUAUUACACAGUAAGGACCCUAUCAAUAAACCCCUCACAACACUCCCCACUGCUGAACUGGAGUUAAAGGCACUGGAAAUAUUUAAGUUGAUACUCCAGUUUACCUAUACACUAAUAGAAUCAACAAAUUUAGAAUACCAUACCAACUUGUCUCAGAAGUUAUUAGAUAUCUGUCUGGCGUAUCCAGAACUACAGAAUGAACUUUUCUGUCAACUCAUUAAACAAACAUCUAGUCAUCCAGUCCAACAGAAAACAGCUGUACAGAAUUUAUUAUUAUGUGGAAAACAUUCCUGGUAUUUAUGCCAUGCUACACCUACCUCACCCACUGGAUCAUUAAUGGACUUGUCCGACUCUAGAUUAAACCCUGCAGCUAAUGUCAUAUUACAGGGGUGGCAGCUAUUGUCCAUGUGUGUUUCAUUAUUCCUCCCAAAACAGAGCAUUAUGUGGCAUUUAAGAGUACAUCUACAAAGGCAUGCUGACCAAAGGUCAGAUAUUGGGAAGUAUGCCAUAUUUUGUCAGCGAGCUCUAGAGAGGACCAUUCUAAAAGGGAUUCGUGAAGUGAGACCUUCACGGAUGGAAGUGUUGUCUAUCUUGUUACGUAAUCCAUAUCAUCAUUCUCAACCAAUCAGUAUUCCUGUACAUUUUCUAAAUAAUACAUACCAGGUUGUUAGUUUUGAUGGGUCUACAACAGUAGAGGAGCUGUUACAUUCUCUCACAAAGAAGUUAUCCAUGAGGGAUUCUAAUCAGUCAGGGUUUGCCCUCUUUAGUGAUGACCCAUGUAUUAUUGAGGGGGAACAUUUCUUACAGUCACAUAUCAAGGUUUGUGAUGUCAUAUCCAAGUGGGAACAUAUAUUUAAAGAGAAUAACUCAGGGAAAUUAGACAGCAGCAGGACGAUAAAGUUUCUGUACAAAAAUAGGUUGUAUUUCAAGUCAACAUGCAAAUCAGAAACAGAUAAAGAGAAGUUGCUGCUAGCCUAUCAAAUCAACGAUGAUAUUGUUCAGGGAAGAUUUCCUCUCAAUAAAGACCUGGCUCUAGAAUUAACUUCAUUGUUAGCUCAGGUAGAAUAUGGUGAUCUAAAGCUGUCAACCUCAGACUAUAGUGAGAAUGGAGAUAUAUGCCAGACAAACGUUGCACAACAAGUAUCAACAGUAUUAGAUAGAUUUUAUCCUAAAAAGUUUACCUCUAUAUCAGAAGAAGAACAAAGGUCUGUGAUAAGUAAAUUGUUGGAGAGAUGGUCAUCUUUACGUGGUAGAUCAGCUCAGGAUUGUAUACGGGUAUAUUUAGCUGUGGUCAGAAAAUGGCAGAACUGUGGUGCUAAACUAUUUAGAACAAAGACAAAAACUUCUCUCAGUAAUACUGAAGACGUAUGGUUAGCUGUCCAUGAAGAGGGGAUUACUGUAUUAGAAUAUUCAACAAUGCAACCAAUAAUUUCCUAUGAUUACCGGUCAGUCAUUACGUUUGGUGGUUGGAAAGAUGAUUUCAUGAUUGUUGCUACACAGUUAAUAGAGUCAGCUCCACAUCAUUAUGAACACAGAACAGAGAAAUUGUUAUUUACCAUGCAGAAAUGGAAGAUUUUGGAGAUAACUUUACUGAUGGCCAGUUAUAUCAAUGUACGAGUACAAAGACCUUCUAAUGAUAUCAGCCCAGAAUCAUGACAACCAUUUUCAAACAAUCAGUGAAUGCAGUUAGAGAUCUUACACCCGAGUUUAUCAAACCAGAAUUGAUCAGUACAACAAUUUGCAACUAAUCAAUGAAAUCUGAAUGCAGUUAGAGAUCUUACACCCGAGUUUAUCAAACCAGAAUUGAUCAGUACAACAAUUUGCAACUAAUCAAUGAAAUCUGAUGGAGAUCUAACACCUGAUGGAAAUACAACAGGAUCCUGAUUACGAAAUACAUAUGUUUAGAAUUGUCAAUUUUAAGUUCCUCCAUUUUAUUGAAGGAGUGCAAAGAUCGUGUUAUGUUAGUUGUUAAAAAUCCUUAUGUCCAAAUAUAACUCAUCUGUGAAGACAGAGGCACCAUUGUUUAAAAUUUUGACAACUGACUGACAACAAAUCUAUGAACACUGGUGCAAAUACCUUUUAGUGAUAAUGGUUCAGAUUACUAAUGAUUUAAUAAUUCAGUUGUAAAUUUCCAACUCAUCUCUUUUUACGAGCAAAUUUCAUCUUAUUUUGUCUCUCCAAAUCCUGAGUACCAAUAGACCAUGUUCAUUUUCAAAAUCGUCCAUGAAUUCAAAUGACCAGUUACAUCCUCAUCAGACAUUCAAGUUACACAAACCAAGAAGUUUAAAAUUCUAAUUCAGAAUACAAAGAUCAAUUGUUUGUAAGUCUAAAAACAUGAUGACCAACAUUGUCAAUUUUCAAAAUCAUAAUGAAAUCUGAUGAUCAUGUACAUCAUAACAUUAUCAUCAGAUAUCCUAAUGACCAAAAAAAUACUCACAUCUUACAACCUCUUCAAUUGUUCCUAUCUUGCUUAAUCCUCAAUUUUGUUGAUGGAUUUUUUUAUCAAGUGACAUAGGAAUUGUUUUUGUAAUACAUGUCAUUUAAAAUAGGAUAGCAAUGAAUCAGGUAUUAAUAAAAAAAAUGUGUCAGAAGUCUUAUAAAAAAAACCUUUUUGAAAGAUCACUAAAUAUUAUGAUGGAAAUUUUGAGAAUGGUGCACGAUUUUCCAUCUUUUUAUAUCUUUAGUAUUGGUACUGAAUUAUUCUCUCGAAAAACAAUAUUUUAAUUAAGAGCUGUUUUUUAUUAGAAACAAAUAGAAAAAUUACUUACAGAUAGUUCACUUUUGGACAGCAAACAUUUCUAACUAAAAUACUAAUAUAAAUUUUCUUUUUCAUGCCCUUUCUCUCAUAUUCAACUUCCUUAAAAUCAAUCACAAUACAAAUUUCCUGCUCUUCAUCCUGGUAUAUCAAUUUUGCAGUAAAUAUUUUUUUUAUAUAUUCCCCUUAAUAUGCAUUGGAUAAGAAAGCAAAUAGCAAAUGAUUAUUCAAUCAAUCCUGUUUUUUACUACCAAUAUAUUACAAUGGUGAUAUAUUUAAUUAUAAUGAUUUUUUUACUUUCAAUUAUAAUAAUGAUAAAACAUACAUCUUAGUUUGUCUGCUGGCAAAGCAGGCAUGUAAUUUUUCUAAUGAAUACUAAUGUUGUUUCAUAUAGUAUGAGCUUUGUUGGAUAGAAAUUCACCUUAUACAAACUUAUAUCAAUACAUGUUAACUUAUUUAGUAUUUCGAUUUAAAAAAAAAUCACUAUGCAAAGUCAAAAACUGUUUGAAAAUUGAGUUGAUAUAACUACUCUACAAAACAGACCAAAUUCAUCUAUGAUUUUGUAUUUUAAUGUUCCAAAAACAAUCAAAGUAUUCUACAUGUAAAUGUAUACCUGCUCUUGCAUAAGGUUGAUGUCUAUCCAACACAGCUCAUUUACUUGAAACAUGUCUCUAAAAGUUAUUUAGAGUCAAUUCUUUUUUUUUAUUGAUUCAAUCAUGUACUUAAUUUAGAAAUGAAAAGUUGUUAACAUUUUUUGAGAUUAUUUUACAAGACAUAAUAUCAUAGGGCAGAUUGUGCAAUUGUUUUGUUAUGUGUCACACCUUUUGUUGUAAAUUUUCUUGUUUCUUUAUGUUAAAAAGAUUAAAAUGA